AUGACCAAAACCGAAGGUUUCGGAAGGCUUUUCCAGAACUUUGAGAACGUCAUCGCUCCAAAGGAGUGCAAAAUGACUGGUUUAUUCUUGAUUAAGGCCAAAGUUUGGGAAAUCUCAAUAUUUUAGGAACGGUUCCCAAAUAUUUGAAGGGGACGAUGGUCCGAAACGGGCCGGGAAUGUUUGAAAUCGGAGAUUCCAAGUAUAACCACUGGUUCGACGGUAUGGCCUACAUCCAGCGCUACCAUUUUCAAGAUGGAAAAGUAACAAAAGCUUUGGGAAAAUUGGAAAGAAAGAAUAAUUUCAGAUGUUCUACUCGGCUCGCUAUCUGGAAUCGGAAGACUAUUUGGAGAACAUGAAAAAGCAGAGAAUCGUGAGAAGUGGAUUCGCCACCACUGGCUUUCCGGAUCCGUGCAAGACCGUUUACCAGAGGUUGGAUAUUCCUUGUUUUUUCUUUGAUUUAUUAGUCCGGUCCUGGCCUAUAUGUUCAUUUCUUCCUUCUGAUCUAUCUGCACCCUCUUUUCCCUCUUCAGUGGGAGAGAGAAAGGUGGGAGGAAAGAGAGCGCAGACAGGUCAGACGCCUUGAAAAAGUCGUGGUGCCUCCAUAGAGCUCAUUUUCCUCGCCACAUUUAGAAUGGCUUAACUCAAAAAACUUUGACUUUUCUGACAUGUAAGUUUGUUUUGGUAAGGCCCAAAUUCAUAGUAAACGAAAUUUGCAGGAACUCGAAUCAUUCUUCUUGCGACCAACUUGUUCCAAAUUCGUUGCGGUUGCAAAUUAGAUAAAAAUGUUCAAGGUACCAACCUUUAGAUAUAUUUCCCCGAGUAGGAGAGGUUUCGAAGUCUAGAAAAAACACCAAAUAAUCAUCAUUACCCUUUAUAGACUCAAAAUUAAAAGAAGAAUCUGUUCUUCAGAUUCUUCUCCCAUUUCUUCGGUGAGGACCCGAAACACGACAAUGCAAACGUCUCGUUUGCCGAAGUUGGCGAUGGCGUCUACGCCGUCACUGAAACGCCGCAGAUGAUCCGAAUCGACCUGGACACGCUCAAGCCAGCCGGCACGGUCAGUUUCUUUCUCAGAAUGAAUAGGAAAAUAAUACUGCGCCAUCAAUCUGUGUGAAGAAUCUAACAAAACAUUUAGAGGUUGUCUGAAGAAAAUUUCAGGAAACCUUCAAAAGAUAUAACUAUUAAAGAAGUUGCAGGCCGACAUGACCGACUACAUCGCCUUGAACACCUGUACCGCCCACCAACUUCUCGACGACGCUGGGAACGUCUUCAACGUCGGCAGCAAGUUCGGAAAAGAUGCCUUCUAUGUCUUCGCCAUCACGAAGAACCCAUUGGACGUCAAAGGUCAGCAUGAUUUUAUUCGAAAAAUGGGGAAAUCAUCUUUUUUAAUCUAAAAAGUGUGUCCAUCCCAACCAUCCCAAGAUUCGAAGAUCGGAAAAAAACUCUUAGCCGCUGAGCUACACGUCCUUUUAAAUAUGUUAGCCAUUUCAGGAGCCCAGAGCGGCCAUUCGAUAGAAGACACGAAAAUCGUCGGCACCGUUCCGUGCUCAGAAACCUUCCAUCCAUCCUACUAUCACUCCUUCGGCAUGUCCCAGAACUACUUGCUUCUUUUCGAGUCGCCUGUCAGACUGGAUAUCAAGAAAAUCUUGAUGAGGUUUGUAAAGCUUGGAAAAAAAGAAAUUCUUUUAGUUUGACCUUCUUGAUAUUUAGAAAAUUUGGAAAAAGGAAAAAUAGAAAAUUAUCGAAAUGAUCUCGAUAUUUCCAGAAAGUUCACCUUCGUCUCUUACGGAGAAUGCCUCUACUGGAAGAAAAACGUCGACGUCAAGGUUUUGAUCGUCGACAAGAGAACUGGAAAGCAAAAGUCAAUCAAGGUGAUUCCACCUGAAAUAAUGUAAUAUUAGGGAGAUUUUCAGUACACGGCCAACCCGUUCUUCACUUUCCACCAUGCCAAUUCCUUCGAAAAAGACGGUUGCCUCGUCGUCGACUACUGUCGCAUGGAGAACGCCGGCAAUUUCGAGACCCUCCUCAUGGAAAACAUGAAAGACGGAACCUUCCAGAAGGUUGUUUCUUGUAAAAAAAAUGCCUUAAAUGGCCCUUAAAACAUGAGAUUAGAGGAGUAAAUUCCAUCUUGAAACGUUUUUCCUUGUUUUACAAAUGGACCUCCUGAAAAACUAGAGAAGUUAUAAAAAAGUGUAAAGAGAUCAAUUUAAAGUGGAACGGAACGAAAAAUCGAAUUCCCGCCAAAAGCGUACUUUGUAAAAAAGUUGCUCUAGGGGCGAAACGUAUUUUAUUAGGUUUCUUUUCGGAACUCGGUAACACAAACCGGGCACGCCCGGGACGUUUCUGAACAAUCCUAGGGAUCUCUUAAGAGUGCUGAUGUCAUUGAAGUGGCCACUAGAAAGCUGAGAAACAUAUAGAUGUUUUUUUUUUCUCUGCGGCUUAACCACGGAUACAUUUUUUCAAUGGGACAAGAAUUUUUUUUUUGAUAUCCUUAGGAUGGCAAAACUCGUAUCGUUGGCCCAAAACUUCUAAUCUUCUUAUUUCAAGAAUCCCAACUUCCUGCCCUACCUCACCCGGAUGAUCAUCCCGUUGGAAAUCCCAAGUGAUGCAAAAACCGGAGACGAUCUUCUGGCCGGACUGGCCUGGGCCAAAGGCUGCAAAGCUGAAUUGAGGAAAAACGGCUCCGUCCAUCUGACUGAGAAGCGGCUCUGCGAACACAGUUACUCCUAACAACCGUUUUAUUUUCAAAAAGAAAAAUUUCAGCCAUGGAAUUCCCUCGAUACCACUCCGAGAAGAUCAAUAUGAGAGAGUACCGAUAUUGCUAUGGGAGCAGUGUUCUUGGGAAGGCGGCUGAUAAUGAUCUCGAAGGGGUGAGAACUAGAAAAAAAUAAAUAGGCAUUUGUUAAAAAAAGCAAUUUUCGUCGAUUAUUGUGCUCGGUACGCAAACAGCGGAAUUGACGCGAAUUCUUUUUUUGAUAAGUUUUUAAGGUUAAAAAGUAUGUUGAAUAAAUGGUAUAUUUAAAUAUUAAGAAGAAUAAAUUCCUAAAUAAAAUAUAGAUAAAAAAACUUCACAAAAAAAUGUUUGAAAGGAAUUUUUUUAAAUUUUUUUAAACUUUUUUUCUCAAAGUUUCUAUCGUCCAGCCGGGUGUUUGCGUACCUGACGCCAAAAUUGACGAUGUCCUCGAUUAAAAUAAUACAUCUCAGUCUUUAAAAAAGUUUUUUUCAUUAAAAGAUUGCAGGUGAUCAAGGUGGACGUCCAGGGUGGAAAGCCAAAAGUUUGGAAACGCGAAAAUCAAUUCCAAGUCUGUGCCGAGCCGAUUUUCGUUCCUGAUCCGAAUGGAGUCGAGGAAGACGAUGGUUUGAAGACUUUCGAAUCUUGAAAAAUAGGAAUUUUCGUUCAGGAAUCCUCCUUGUGCCCAUAAUGACUUUGAGAGAUGGCGAGAAUCCAUUCGUCGUCAUUUUGAAUGCCCACGACUUGAAAGAAAUUGCGAGAUAUACGAUCCCAGAAGCCAGGAUACCUUUAGGAUUCCACGCUUUGUACAAAAAACGUUUCGGAUAA